CAAAUUUUUUCAUGAAAUAACAAGUAGGCUGUAAAACUAAAAAGUUCAAGAUAAAAAUGAAGCGUGUAUUUAGUUUGAAUGAAAAAUCUCAUGGACAUGGUCACAUUCUUUACAGCUGGCAGAAAACACUAGGAAAUUAUCUUGCAACUACUGGGGCUGACCAUUCAGUGAGAAUAUAUGACAGACAUGGAGAUAUCAAAGGAGAAAUCAAACUUCCCGGGAUAUGUACUGGAAUGGGCUGGGAUCAAGAAGGAGAUAUUCUGGCAGUGAUAGCUGACAAAUCUACAGGAAUAUUCUUCUGGGAUGCCAACCAACAUAAAACAACUCAGAUUGACAGUGGUCUGAAGGACACCAUGACGUUUUUACUGUGGUCUAAAACAGGACCUCAGUUAGCUGUUGGUACUGUCAAAGGUAAUCUACUGAUCUACAAUAGUAAGACAUCAAGAAAAAUUCCAAUCUUAGGAAAACAUACGAAGAAGAUAACAUGUGGAGCUUGGAGUAAGGAGAAUUUACUUGCGUUAGGUAGUGAAGAUAAGACGGUAACUGUUAGUAACACUGAUGGAGAUACGAUUCGACAGACAUCAUUACGAUAUGAACCAUCAGAUAUUGAUUUCUCUGAGAUGAAAGGGGAUGAGAGAAGUUCUAUUGGAGAAAAUACUGUGAGUAUUAUCAAUGGAAAGAAGACAUUAUAUCUGUUUAACCUCAAUGACCCUGAUAACCCUAUAGAGUUAGCGUUUCAACCUCGCUAUGGUAAUAUCAUCUCCUAUCGCUGGUUUGGUGAUGGCUAUAUGUUAAUUGGCUUCUCACAGGGAUAUUUCGUAGUUAUUUCAACACAUCUCAAAGAAAUUGGACAGGAAUUAUUUCAAGCCAAGAAUCAUAAAGAUAGUUUAUCAUCUAUAGCUCUGUCACUAACAUACAACAAGGCUGCUUCUUGUGGGGAUAACUGCAUAAAGAUCCAUGAUCUAGCUGACUUAAAGGAAAUGUUUGCUAUAAUCACUCUCGACGAUGAGAGAGGACUGGAUCAGAUAUCCUGGACAGAUGAUGGACAGUUACUGGCUGUAUCCACCCAGAAGGGCAACCUUCAUGUUUAUCUAUCAAGAUUACCAAUGUUAGCAUCAACAUGUCAGACUCGUAUCGUCCAUCUGACAUCUUUACUGGAGGUCACAAUAGAAGAUAAUAUCAUGCAAGAUAAACCGAUAUCGUUUGGAAUCGAGGUGGAACCAUCUUUCCUGGGAAUUGGUCCAGAUCAUCUUGGCGUUGGAAUGAACAAUAGAGCCUGGUUUUAUAGUCUGGCAUCGGAUGUACCAGUACGUUUAAAAGAUAGAGAAUAUCUGGGUACUGUACAAGCUAUCAGUCUUAAUGCAGACUACGCUGCUGUUUUAUUUGAAGGAAAAGUUCAGUUACAUUUGAUUGAAUCAGAUACAGCCACUACAGAGGAGAGAGAAUCUCAGCUAUUCCCUACCACUGAUCAACGUCAAAAAAUAACCUGUCAUGCUCUCACCCCAGACUUCCUGAUUUACGGUACCGAGACUGGAAAUAUCAACCUGUUUUUUCUGGAAGAUUGGCAGAUUGUCAACGAAUUCCGCCAUAUUGAUGGUAUUAAAUCUGUAUAUCCUGAUCCCUCUGGAACACGUCUGGUUUUUACUGAUAAUAAAGGAGAUGGAUAUGUUUAUAAUCCUGUCAACGACCAGAUUGUAGAAAUACCAAACUUGUCAGAAUCAGUUCAAGGUGUAUUGUGGGAAAAUUGGCCACUUGAUAAGGGAAUAUUUGUUAUUUAUGAUACAGAGAAGAUCUAUACCUAUGUUUAUUGUCGAGAAUCUGUUAAUGGAGCUCAAGUGAGUCUUGUUGGUACGACAAAAUUGCCGUUUGGUCAAAUUCCCACCAUGUUAUAUAAUGGAGACCUGACUGUUCAGACUCAAAAUGGCCGCCUAGUAACCAUCAAUUUAGAUACACAUCUGAAUACUCAACAUGAUGAUCCUCAUUCGCUCUCACAAUCUGAGUUGAUGGAAGCUGGAACGCGAUGUAUCAAACUAAACAGAUUUAAAGAUGCCUGGAUAUUUGCCUAUCAUUUAAAUGAUAAAUCUUUAUGGAUAGAACUUGGUAAAACUGCUUUACAUCAGCUUGAUAUAGAAUUUUCUAUCCGAGUGUUUAGAACGUUAGGUGAUGUUGGAAUGGUGUCAUCUCUAAUGAGAAUCAGAUAUAUGGAAGACAAAAACCAGCUUUCAGGAUAUAUUGGCAUGUUUCUGGGAGAAUUCAAUCAGGCUCAAGAUUUGUUCCUGGCUUCAGGAUAUCCACUUGGUGCUCUAGAGAUGAGAAGAGACUUGCAUCAUUGGGACAGUGCUCUACAACUAGCCAAAGUUCUAGCUCCAGAACAGAUUCCCUAUAUAUCUCGAGAAUACGCCCAGCAGUUAGAAUUUACAGGGGACUAUAUGAAUGCCUUGUCUCACUAUGAGAAGGGAGUGACGAAGGUAGAAAGAGAACGAGAACAUGAUGAAGUCUGCGCUGCUGGUAUCGCUAGAAUGUCUAUCAGAAUGGGAGACAUCAGAAGGCAAGUUUUAUUAGGUGUUGCCAUGGCGAUGAAGAUGCCCAGUAAAAGUUUAAAGAAAGAAUGUGCUGGUAUUUUGGAAUCCAUGAAGCAAUGGUCAGAAGCAGCCAUGUUGUAUGAACAGGGACAUUUCUACGAUAAGGCUGCGUCUGUCUAUAUCAGAAGCAAAAACUGGAAUAAAGUUGGAGAUUUGCUGCAGAAUAUUACCUCGCCUAAAAUCCAUGCCCAAUAUGCGAAGGCUAAAGAGGCUGAUGGGAGAUAUAAGGAGGCGGCAGAAGCCUAUAAAAUGGCCAAAGAAUGGGACAAUGUCAUCAGAAUUAAUUUAGAUUUCCUACAGAACCCAGAAGAAGCUGUAAAAAUAGUUCGUUCCACUCAAUCUGUCGAGGGUGCCAAGAUGGUAGCCAAAUUUUUCCAGAAAUUGAACGACUAUGGAUCAGCUAUUCAAUUUUUAGUGAUGUCUAAGUGUAAUGAUGAAGCGUUUCAACUGGCCCAAACUCACAAUCAGAUGGAAGUUUACGCUGAUAUUAUUGGACCUGAUGCCACAAUAGAAGAUUACCAAUCUAUAGCUGUUCAUUUUGAUAAUGAAAAUAAUCAUUUUCUGGCUGGUAAAUUUUAUCUACUGUGUGAACAGUACAUUAAGGCUAUGAAGCACUUCUUUAGGUGUAGUGGUGAAGAUGCUCAGGCUAUAGAAUUAGCUAUUGAAACUGUAGGAAGAGCCAAUGAUGAUCAGUUAACACGACAAUUGAUUGACUAUCUUAUGGGAGAAACUGACGGUGUUCCUAAGGAUGCAAGAUAUCUAUUCAGAUUGUACAUGGCAUUAAAACAGUACAGAGAAGCUGCUAGAACUGCCAUUAUUAUAGCCAGAGAGGAGCAGAAUGCAGGAAAUUACCGAAAUGCCCAUGAUGUGUUAUUCAGUAUGUAUCAAGAAUUGAAUCAGAAUCAAAUUAAAAUACCAUCAGAGAUGCAGUCUAAUUUAAUGAUACUUCAUAGCUAUAUCUUAGUCAAGAUGCACGUGAAAAAGGGAGAUCAUUUAAAAGGUGCCAGAAUGUUGAUCCGAGUUGCUAAUAAUAUCAGUAAAUUCCCUUCACAUAUCGUACCGAUUCUAACCUCUACAGUUAUUGAAUGUCAUCGAGCAGGACUGAAAAAUUCAUCGUUUAGUUACGCAGCCAUGUUGAUGAGGCCAGAAUACCGAGAUCAGAUAGAUUUAAAAUAUAAAAAGAAGAUAGAACAGAUUGUACGAAGACCAGAUAAAACAGAAGAAGAAGAACCAUUGACGCCUUGUCCAGUUUGUGGAUUUCAGCUACCGGAAACUGACCUACUGUGUCCUGAUUGUAAAAAUAACCUACCCUACUGUAUUGCUACUGGACGUCAUGUAGUAAAAGAAGAUCUAACAGCUUGUUCUGUCUGUGAUUUUCCAGCUAUUCAUACGGAAUUCGCCAGCUUGCUUGAAACUGAAGAAAGUUGUCCAAUGUGCAGUGAAAAAAUCAGCAGAGAAAAUCUACAAAGAAUCACCGAUCCUCAAAAAUAUCUGUUUCCUUCAGCUCAUGCUACAGAAUAGAGGCACCAUCUUGAAUUAUUUAUUUAUUUAUAUAUUUGUAUUGUUUAUUGUUUAUUGAUUCAUUCCACAUUAUUUACUAUUUUGUUUAUGUAACUUUUCUCUAAUUAAAAUAUGUUAAAUUCGACACCACGAACAUCAAAUUUUUUUUUUUCAUGAAUCAGUUGUUCAACUUUGUUCUCUAGUGUGGUAUCUCUCAAUUCACAUUUUGUAAGAUGUUUGAGAAAAAUGGGGGCCUAUAUCUCUACACCAUGCAAAUCCCUGACAUAAAGGUGGGAGGCAGGGUAUUUAAGCUAGACCUUAGUAAUAAAUUGUUCACAUGAAAUUAUGUCUUUGGUGUUCAUAAAUAUCAAUGAUAACCAAAUAAAAAUUACAGAAUCCGUCCAUAAUUUUGAUUUGAACAUUAUCAGAGAAUUUUAUUUGUAAAUCUAAUCUGAAUUGUUUGUUUUUCAUAUAGCUAAAUAAAUCUAUCACUUAUACUU